CCUCCCAUCUGCUCACUCCCCCUGGCCGGGCCCUGACGUCAGGGGAAGGCGUGCGAAUGCGUGUGUGUUUGAGGCUCACAUCAUCCACACAUCAGAUACCGCAGAUCCAUCAGCCGGCAGGCAGCCAGCCGAGAAAGCCUCCCGAAGCCGGGCUGCAGGCAAGACCGCUGCACCUCGCAAGGUAACGGAGGAGCGUCCGGCCCCUCCAAGCACUGAUGCUCUGCAGAGCACAGCUCCAGGGAGUCCGUCGCUUCUAAGGAGGUCCCCAGCAGUAGGCCCACACGCCUGGACAUCCUUUCUCCUGCUGCCCACCCAACGUGAUACCAAAACGGAGGAGCCCACCAACCCCACCAUGGCUUCGGACCCCAGCACCCCACCAGCAGUGCCACCCCUGCACUCCCCCAAGUCACCAGUGUGGCCCACCUUCCCCUUCCAGCGGGAGGGCAGCCGCAUUUGGGAGCGGGGCAACCUCCUGCUACGGGAUCUGCCCAGCCCCCUCCCCACCAAGAGGACCAGGACCUACUCAGCGACAGCACGUGCCUCUGCUGGCCCCAUCUUCAAGGGUGUCUGCAAGCAGUUCUCUCGUUCUCAGGGCCACGGGUUUAUCACCCCAGAGAAUGGCACUGAGGACAUUUUCGUGCAUGUGUCUGACAUCGAGGGAGAGUACGUCCCAGUGGAGGGGGAUGAGGUGACGUACAAGGUCUGCCCCAUCCCUCCCAAGAACCAGAAGUUCCAGGCAGUGGAGGUGGUCCUCACCAACCUGGCGCCCCACACGAAGCAUGAGACGUGGUCUGGCCAGAUCAUCGGGUCCUAGGCGCCCAGGGGGCCUGCCAGCCACUCAGCCCCAUGGAGCAAGCCUGCCCAGCCACUUGCAGGGGGGUGGGGGCAGCUGAGGUGGUGGCAGGGCUGGGACUGCCCCCAAACAUGAAGGCAUUUACAUUCAGUGUCUUUUUUAAGGUUACGGUUUCCUUUCUCUGUGUGUGUUUGUAAGUGUUGGUUGAGGGGAACAGGGGAAGCAGAGCCCUUCCUGACUGUCCCCCAGCUCCAGGGGCAGCACCGAGCCCCAUGUUCCAUUCCUUGCUCCUGAGGCCAUGGGGAACAGAGGAACCAGUCCUACACCCCAGCCCUCCAGCUCAACUGGACUGAAGCAGGUACUGAGAGCAGGAGGGGUUGGGGAGAGGCUAGGUGGCUCAGCUGAGUCUCCUGAACUCCACUCUGGCAAAAUGGACACCCCACUCAGUCUACAGUGGGACAGCAGCAGUGGGACAUGCCCUGAUGUAGGGACAAAACAGGGUGGUGUGGGGUGGCAUAUCACUGUGCAGGGUCUGAGUGGCUGAGACCCAUCCCCAUCACUAUCAGCUCACAGCACCCACCUGAGCCACAUACCUCCAUCACAAGAUCUCAGGUCAGCAGUGCCAUGGGGAGGUAACUGGUUUAAGCAAAAAUUUAGUUGUAAGAGGCAGACAGCUGCUGGCAGGGCACCCAGGGCGCUCGGUGCUGUGGGGAGCUGCAUCUAGACAUGGGGCAGGGGGCACUUGGCACCUUGUGCUCCCCACUGCUGCCAGGCAGUAACACACUUUUCUUGGCUCAGUGCUGACAUAAUUUGGGGAGACAGACACUUUGUUCUCUUUCUCUUGCCCCCCAGCCCCCUGGGGACCCCUUUCCCGUGUGUGUGUGUGUGUGUGUGUGUGCGCGCAUGUCUGUAGCUUGCUGGGGUGGUGAGGGGCUGAGGGGUCGGAGCAGCCUCGGCCCUGGGGUGAGCUCAGCCACCUCCUCCCCAGCCCCUCAGUGUAGGCAGGGUCUUGUAUACAAAGCACAAGCUUUGUUUUGGUCUUUUCUGCCAAACCCUGGCCAGGUGUGCUCCCACAACCCUAGGGAGUGAUGGGGCAGAGAGCACUGGGACAGGGACAACACACAGUGGGCUGGUCCUGAGCUCACCCCAGGGAAACGAUGCUGAUGCUCAAAGAAUUGCCAGCACCUUAAGGGGUUCAAAGCACUGUUGGGGACAGUUGGGUCCCUGCAGGGCCCCUGAGCAGGGCAAGAGGUGAUGGGAAGCUCCCAGAGCACCAUGCCAGCAGGAGCUGCUGAUGCUGCUGGUGUUCAGCAUGGAUGGAGUGGGGUGUUUGCCACCAUUUUUGCUGCCACUGUUGGCAACAUGGCUUAGUGGGGAGAGGGGCAGAGGAAGGCUGGUGCCAUGCAGGACAGCUGGGCACUGUGGAUUCAGGAGGACCACCUAUGGUGUGGGGAUUGCCCCAGGACCCUCCAGCCCAGCUCACUGCCAACCCAAAGCCUGGUUCUCCCAGGGGCUGUGGCAACUGUGGCUCAGACUCCAGGCAUCCCCAGGACAUGCAGUCAGCUUGGCCAAGGCAAACUGUUGGAUUUUUUUUUUAAUAAACUGAAACCCUAGACUUGUUGGUGUUUUUACAGCUCUGGUGUGGUUCUCACCUGUCUGACCAUGUGUCAACCUUUGUAACAUUGGCAAUAAACCAUUAAAAGUGUCUUUCCCAUGAGCCCUACCCAUCCUGGCUCUUCGUCCUGUGUGCAUGUAUCACAGUGACUCUCUCAGGUAAAGGACCUGGAGCACCCAGGAAUUUAUCCA